GCAACUCAAGAUGGCGGACGAGAGUGAUACAGCAGUGAAGCUGCCGGCACCUCCGCUGCCGCAGAUGAUGGAAGGGAAUGGAAACGGCCAUGAGCACUGCAGCGAUUGCGAGAACGAGGAGGACAACAGCUACAACCGGGGUGGUCUGAGUCCAGCCAAUGACACUGGAGCCAAAAAGAAGAAAAAGAAACAAAAAAAGAGGAAAGAGAAAGGCAGCGAGACAGACUCAGCCCAGGAUCAGCCCGUGAAGAUGAACUCUUUGCCAGCAGAGAGGAUCCAGGAAAUACAGAAGGCCAUUGAACUUUUUUCAGUGGGUCAGGGACCUGCAAAAACCAUGGAGGAGGCUAGCAAGCGAAGCUACCAGUUCUGGGACACGCAGCCCGUCCCCAAGCUGGGAGAGGUUGUGAACACGCACGGUCCCGUGGAGCCUGACAAAGACAACAUCCGCCAGGAGCCCUACACGCUGCCCCAGGGCUUCACCUGGGACGCCUUGGACCUGGGGGACCGUGGUGUGCUGAAAGAACUCUACACUCUCCUGAAUGAGAACUAUGUGGAAGAUGAUGACAACAUGUUCCGAUUUGAUUAUUCCCCAGAAUUUCUUUUGUGGGCUCUCCGGCCGCCUGGCUGGCUCCCCCAGUGGCACUGUGGGGUUCGAGUGGUCUCGAGUCGGAAACUAGUUGGGUUCAUCAGCGCCAUCCCGGCAAACAUCCAUAUCUAUGACACAGAGAAGAAGAUGGUAGAGAUCAACUUCCUGUGUGUCCACAAGAAGCUGCGCUCCAAGAGAGUGGCUCCAGUCCUGAUCCGUGAGAUAACCCGACGGGUUCACCUGGAGGGCAUCUUCCAAGCUGUUUACACUGCCGGGGUGGUGUUACCAAAGCCUGUUGGCACCUGCAGGUACUGGCAUCGGUCCCUAAAUCCCCGGAAGCUGAUUGAAGUCAAGUUCUCCCACUUGAGCAGAAACAUGACCAUGCAGCGCACCAUGAAGCUGUACCGACUGCCAGAGACUCCCAAGACAGCUGGGCUGCGACCAAUGGAGAAAAAGGACAUUCCAAUAGUGCACCAGCUGCUCAGCCGGUACCUGAAGCAGUUCCACCUCACGCCUGUCAUGAGCCAGGAGGAGGUGGAGCACUGGUUCUACCCCCAGGAAAAUAUCAUUGACACUUUUGUGGUGGAGAAUGCAAACGGGGAGGUGACUGAUUUCCUGAGCUUUUAUACACUUCCGUCCACCAUCAUGAACCACCCGACCCACAAGAGUCUGAAGGCUGCUUACUCUUUCUACAAUGUUCACACUCAGACCCCUCUCCUAGACCUCAUGAGCGACGCCCUCGUUCUUGCCAAAAUGAAAGGGUUUGACGUGUUCAAUGCACUGGAUCUCAUGGAGAACAAAACCUUCCUGGAGAAGCUCAAGUUUGGCAUUGGGGAUGGCAACCUACAGUAUUACCUGUACAAUUGGAAGUGCCCCAGCAUGGGGGCAGAGAAGGUUGGGCUGGUGUUACAGUAACCAGUUGCCAGUGAGAUUCUGGAUAAAGCCACUGAGAAUUACCAGGAAAUGGAGCCCCACCACUUGUUGGUCCAGUUUUCACAAACGUGAGAAUCCCUGGCAAGGAGAGCAGAACUGAACCGGCUUUACAGACCGCCGCUGAACUUGAUGAUUGUACUGCAAUGAUGUAGGCUGCGAGAUGCCAGCUCUGGCCGUGUCUCUGGUCUCCCUGUUUUCCAAUUAAUCGCAUCGUUAUGCAGCCGCGAUCAAGGGAAUGUAACUGCUGAAAACUAGCUCGUGAUUGGCAUAUUAUGGAGUUAACGGAUACCCAGACCAAAGAAGCUGCUGUUCUCGGCAAGAUGUGCACUGCAUUCCACAGACGGCGGGAGUCGGAGAGGCAGGGGCUUGCCCACACAGCCUCAUAGACAUCAGACACAUGGCAUCCCACGGCCCAGAGCAGCCCACCCUGUGCGUGCUUCUAAAGAUGUCAGAGAACAAAGUUCCCGACUCUCCCACCUCAGGCAGGACUGGAACUUGGACAGGCUCCCCGUCACAGGCUUGCUCAGCUCUGGGCCAGGUCCCAGCCUGAGCUGCCUCUGAACUUUGGGGUGCUGACGGCCCCAGGAGUGAGCUUUGCCUUGGUGACUGAAGUCAUGGGAUGGAAACUGUGAGGCCCGUGCCCGCUCUGGAAGAAACCAGUCGCCUGGGGAGGUCCCAGUGUCUCCAUGCAGUCGCUCCUUGGACUCUGCUGUUGCCCUCUGUAGGGACCCUGCCCACCUUCAGCGCCACCCACAGGUCUGCAGGAGUGGGCUCGGUGGCUGCUCUUAGUCUUCUUUUUUCCCAAGCACUCCCUGGGUUCUUCACUCGACCCGUUCCAGGACUUCUGGUCAGAGAGAACCAUUGCUUGGUGUUUGGGGCCUUGCAGGAUGGUGGAUUAAACCAAACAAAGGGAAGACCCCAGGGCCUCCAAGCUCAUCAGCUGGGACUUGCAUCAGGCCGCCGCUCACAGUGGGCCUCCCAGUGUGGCCUCGCCCUCUGCCUCCAGUGCUGGGCUUUCAGACUCCAUGUUCCUGAUGUUUACCUCCAGUCUUUGGGAUGACCCCUCAGCACGCUCCCACGGCCUCCUGUCUCUGUAUGGAGAGAGCUGGGGAGAAAGGAGGUCUCGGCUCUGGACUGAGGUCUGCACAGGGCUCGUGUCCCCCACGCACGCCUACUUCCGAAGAUGCUGCUGUCUUGUUUGAAGGCCGGCCUACGUCAAGCCACUGCAACACCUAGGUUUAUGGAAAAUUUCAGGCCUUGCCUGCAAUUCCAUUCUAACUGCCGUCACCCACUUGCUGGCUCACUUGAAGCCCAGGGUGGGUGUCCCAGUGCUCUUGAAUUCUUUGCCCAAAGAUGACCAGCAUUUAGCCAACUGAAGGGAUGGCCCAAAGGCCUGGGUAGCUUCACAGCUGCAGCCUGGGAGAGGGUGGCUGCUGGGCCAGGGGAUGGGGCGGGGCGUAUCUCUGGCCAGGGCCUUUCCACCCUGGGCUGCCUUCAGGCCUGGCCGCAUGCCCUGGAACCAGAGGAGGCCCAGGGCUUCGGGUUAUUACUGUCAGGGGAAGGCAGGCCUGCAAACAGACUGUCCCUAGGGAGGCUGUGCGGGAAGAUUUCAUUCAGAUCAGUUCAGCUCAAAGAUACCGAUUGACUUCCAACCGGGCGCCCGCAUCCAGGGAGGGAAAGGGAAGGCUUCACCUUUGUGUCUUGGCUUUGCUCCGGGCUGUGGGAGGGGCAUCCAUUUCCGGGGUGGGGCAGAAAUACCAAAUGCAUUGUUGUUCUGC